AUGGGGAAAUUGGCUAAUGGCACAAGGGUACGAAUACAACCUCAUCUUCGUUUCAAAGACGUCUGUAAGAGAGAUAUGAAGUCGCUUGAUCUGGACUUCCCGAGAUUGGAGAAAGUUGCAAAUGAUUGCCUGUACUGGAGGCAAAUACAGGCUGUGGGGACGAAACAAAAAAACCCUGACUCCAACUCCUCUACUAUUGACACUUCCAACUCCGACUCCUCUAUUGUUGGUACCUCCGACUCCUCAACUAUUGGAACUUCCGACUCCUCUACUAUUGCCACCUCUGACUCCGACUCCUAUGCUAUUGCCACCUCCGACUCCGACUCCUCAACUAUUGGCACCUCCGACUCCUCUACUAUUGCCACCUCUCACUCCGACUCCUAUGCUAUUGCCACCUCCGACUCCGACUCCUCAACUAUUGGCACCUCAAACUCCUCUACUAUUGCCACCUCUGACUCCGACUCCUCAACUAUUGGCACCUCCGACUGCGACUCCUCUACUAUUGGUACCUCCGACUGCGACUCCUCAACUAUUGCCACCUCCGACUCCAACUCCUCAACUAUUCCCACCUCCGACUCCGACUCCUCAACUAUUGGCACCUCCGACUCCGACUCCUCAACUAUUGGCACCUCCGACUCCGACUCCUCAACUAUUGGUACCUCCGACUCCGACUCCUCAACUAUUGGCACCUCCAACUCCGACUCCUCUACUAUUGGCACCUCCGACUUCGACUCCUCAACUAUUGGCACCUCCGACUCCGACUCCUCAACUAUUGGCACCUCUGCUCCGACUCCUCAACUAUUGGCACCUCCGACUCCUCUACUAUUGUCACCUCCGACUCCUCAACUAUUGGCACCUCCAACUCCUCUACUAUUGCCACCUCUGACUCCGACUCAUCAACUAUUGGCACUUCCGACUCCUCAACUAUUGGCACUUCCGACACCUCUACUAUUGGUACCUCCGACUCCUCUACUAUUGGUACCUCCGACUCCUCUACUAGUGCCACCUCUGACUCAGACUCGUCUUUAUGAAAUGAAAGUCGGAGUUGGAGUCAGUAUAGUUUUACUGACUCCGACUCCAGUAACCCCUUAA